AUGUCAUAUAAUUAUUCGAUUGAUAAUAAUGCUGAUAUUUCUUCAGCUGCAUUACGUAAAAGAAAGAUUCUUAAAAGAUCAAUCAAUUUUAGUAUUAUGAUUAUUGGGGAGAGUGGAUCUGGUAGAUCUACUUUAAUAAACACAUUAUGUGGUGGUAAUCCAAUUGUUCCAACUUCACUGACUGCAACUCAAGAUCCUUUUACUAAAAAAUUAACUUUAAGACAUGAAAAUGUUGAAUUAGAAGAUAAUGAAGGUCAUAAGAUUUCAUUAAAUAUUAUUGAUACACCAAACUUUGCAAAUUCAAUUGAUUGUAGUGAAGAUUUUAAGAUUAUUGUUGAUUUUAUAAGACAUCAAUUUGAUGAAGUAUUAUUAGAAGAAAGUAGAGUUAAACGUAAUCCAAGAUUUAAAGAUGGUAGAAUUCAUGCUCUUAUUUAUAUGAUUAAUCCAACUGGACAUGGACUUUCUGAAAUUGAUGUCAAAUUCUUAUUACAUGUUAAUAAUUUGGUUAAUAUUAUUCCAACAAUUGCUAAAGCUGAUUCAUUAACUCCCCAAGAAUUACAAUUAAAUAAACAAUUGAUUCAAGAAGAUUUAAAUAAUUAUGGAAUCAAUUAUUAUAAAUUUAAUGAAUAUGAAUAUGAACAAGAAUAUACUGAUGAUGAAAUUAUUGAAUAUAAUAAAUAUUUAAAUUCUUUAAUUCCAUUUGCAAUUAUUGGUGCUAAUGAUUAUAAAGAGAAUCCAAAUGAAGAUGAAGAUAAAUUAAAAUUUAGAAUUUUAAAUCCAAUUCAUUCAAUUCCAAUUAAUGUUGAAAAUCCUGAUAUAAAUGAUUUUACAGUAUUAAAGAAUGUAUUAUUAAUUACUCAUUUAAAUGAAUUUAAAGAUAUUACUCAUGAAACAAUUUAUGAAAAUUACAGAACUGAAGCUUUAUCAGGUAAACAAUUCCAAUAUAUAUCAGAUUCAACUGGAGCCACUCCUGCUACAACCACUACCACUGCCAAUAAAAACUCUUCAAAUCCUGAUAUUAAAGGAGAUGAAGAAUCUAAUUAUAUGAUGAAAGAAGAACAAAUUAAAUUAGAAGAAGAAAGAUUAAAGAAAUUUGAAGAAAGAGUUCAUCAAGAUUUAAUUAAUAAAAGAAAAGAAUUAUUAGAACGUGAAAAUGAAUUAAAAGAAAUUGAAAGAAGAUUAAUUGCUGAAGGUUUAAAAUUAAAUGAAGAUGGUGAAAUCGUUAAAGUUGAAGAAUAG